UUUUUUCUAAAAUACUUGAAAGCAGCUGUCAAACAUCAGAUUCUUUUUAACAUUGCCUUUUAUUUGGGCUUUGUGCUAGGAGGUUUUUAGCCCAUUUCUUGGUAAAGAUGGCAACCAACAAUGCAGUGUUGAACAGACUGGAGCAGAAAGGUGCAGAGGCAGAUCAAGUUAUUGAAUACCUCAAGCAGCAAGUCGCUCUGCUCAAGGAGAAAGCUAUCUUGCAGGCUUCUCUCCGAGAAGAGAAGAAGCUCCGUGUAGAAAAUGCUAAGCUGAAGAAAGAAAUUGAAGGUCUGAAGCAGGAGCUGAUUCAGGCAGAAAUUCGAAAUGGAGUAAAACAAAUUGCAGUUCCUACUGAUACAGCCAUUUCUACAGCUUCAUUUUCGGAAGAUGUUUCACAGCCUGCAGCAGUCAAAUCCUCUCCUGGUGCCAAAGAUCAAAUGAAGGGUGUAGAUGAAGAAAAGAAAAAGAAGGAAAAAGCAGAAAAAAAAGCUGAAAAGAAGGAAAAGAAACAGCAGCAACCUGCUGGAAGUAGUGACGCAAAACCUGUGGAUGUUUCUCGUCUGGAUCUUCGUGUUGGCUGUAUCAUAACUGCAGAAAAGCACCCGGAUGCAGACUCCCUCUAUGUUGAGCAGGUGGAUGUUGGUGAAGCAAGCCCAAGGACUGUUGUCAGUGGCUUAGUGAAACAUGUUCCUCUGGAUCAGAUGCAGAAGAGGAUGGCGAUACUACUCUGUAACUUGAAGCCUGCCAAGAUGAGAGGAGUAGUAUCUCAAGCAAUGGUGAUGUGUGCCAGCUCUCCUGAAAAAGUGGAAAUUCUGGCUCCCCCACCAGGGGCGGUACCUGGGGAAAGAAUCACUUUUGAAGGUUUUCCUGGAGAUCCAGAGAAGGAGCUUAAUCCCAAGAAGAAGAUUUGGGAGCAGAUCCAACCAGACCUUCAUACCAAUGACCAGUGUAUUGCUACGUACAAAGGAGUUCCAUUUGAAGUCAAAGGGAAAGGAGUCUGCCGUGCAGAGACCAUGGCAAACAGUGGAAUUAAAUAAAUCUUUAUGAAAAACUUUCAGAUGUUGAAAUGGAAAGUAAUACAAGCACAAUAAAGACAUGA